AUGCCGCGGUGGCGGCGCGUGCUGCUGGCUCUGCUGGCCGCCGCCGCCUGGCUGUCGCCGGCGCUGCUGCCGCCCCCGGAGAGGCGGGUCCCGCCGCCCCCGGCCGCCCCCGAGCCGCCCCCCGGCCCGGCCUCGCCCCGCCUCAUCGUGGCCUACUCGCUGGAGAGCCGCGUGCAGAUGGAGCAGCGCGUGCCCGUGCCCUGCGCGCCGCCCCCGCCGCCCCCGCGCGCCGCCCCCGGCUGGCAGCAGACCACACACGGCACGCACCUCUACUCGGCGCACUACGACUCGCGCCUGGGCGCCCACCACUACGUGCGCGUGGUGGCUGCGCUGGAAGGCCGGGACUACGACAAUUCGACGUCGCUCUUCUGCCAGCUGUGGUUCGGGCGGCGGCCGCUCGUCGUGGAGGCGCUGCAGGCGGAGCUGUGGCUGUCGGCGUGGCGCGACGACGCCAGCUACCGGCCCGUGCUGCUGAGCUGCCCCAUCCCGCGGGAACACAGCUCCCUGGGGCACCGCCCCCGCGGGGUGGCGCUGGUGCGCCGGCCGUGCGCCGCCGCCGGGUCCAUGCUCGCGGUGCCCGCCCAACCGCCCCCGGGGGCGGAGCCCCGCCGCAAGGACUUCGCCGUGUGCGUCAAGGGCCUGGACUUCCCUCGCGAGGACAUCUCGCGACGCCUCGUCGAGUGGUUCGAGCUGAACAUGCUGCUGGGCGCAGACUCGUUCCUCGUGUACGUGUACUCGGCGCACCGCAACGUGAAGGCGGUGCUGGACCGCUACUCGCGCGCCGGCGUGGUCACCCAGUUCCCGCUGCGACUGCCCGGCAGGCUGCCCAACUCCCCGGCCGCCAGGUCGCGCUACCUCCGCGCGCACGUGUGGCAGCGACGCCGCACCGAGGUGGUGCCCUACAACGACUGCCUGUACCGCAGCCUGCGCUCGCACCGCUACGUCGUGCCGCUGGACGUGGACGAGGUUAUCGUGCCGACGAGCGCCCGGACCUGGGGCGAGCUCUUAGCCUCGCUGGACCCGGCCGUGGAGCGGUCGUACGCCUCGAUCUCCGCGCGGAACGCGUACUUCUUCGACGGCUUCCCUCCGGCGCGGGAGUCCUUCCGCUACCCGCGGCACCACCACGCCUUGCGACACACCACGCGCUCCGCCAACUUCAGCCCCGCCGGAGAGGCCGUCAAGAGCUUCGUGUCGACGGAGCGCGCGCUGACCGUCUUCAACCACUACGCCCUGGGCGCGCUCGACCCCGCCGUGGGUAGCAGCCACCUGCUGGACACCUCGCUGGCGCAGCUCAACCACUACAAGGCGGGCUGCGAGCCGCUGCUCGUGCGAGACUGCGAGGACAACUUCCUGAGGCACCGCGUCGAGGACACCCUGGUGCUGCGCUUCGCCGACGAGCUGGUGGCGCGCGUGGAGCCGGUGCUGCGGGAGCUGGGGCUGCUGCCGCGAUGACGUCCUCCCGGAGUCGCGCAGCCUCUGGUUCAGUUCUCCUACCGCCAGAGUCGACAAC